AUGGGUAUCCCCAAGUUCUUCCGCUUCAUGUCGGAGCGCUACCCGCUCAUCAGUCAACUCAUCGAGGAGAACAAGAUCCCCGAGUUCGACAACCUCUAUCUCGAUAUGAACGGUAUCAUCCACAACUGUUCCCAUCCCAACGACAAUGAUGCCUCGUUCCGUAUCACAGAGACCCAAAUAUUUUUAGCCGUCUUUGCGUACAUAGAGCAUCUCUUCCACAAGAUCAAGCCCAAGAAGGUCUUCUUCCUCGCCGUCGAUGGUGUCGCCCCUCGAGCCAAGAUGAACCAACAGCGUUCCCGUCGUUUCCGUACCGCAAAAGAGGCCAAGGAGAUCAAGGAAAAGGCCGAGCGUCGCGGCGAGGUCCUGCCCGAGGAGGAGGCUUUCGACUCCAACUGCAUCACGCCAGGCACUCCCUUCAUGGCCAAGCUCUCUCAACAGCUCGAGUACUUCAUCGCCAAGAAGAUCACCGAAGACUCGGACUGGCGCAAUGUGCAGGUCAUCCUCUCGGGCCACGACGUCCCAGGCGAGGGUGAACACAAGAUCAUGGAGUACAUUCGUCUUUGCAAGGCGCAGCCCGGCUACAACCCCAAUGUCCGUCACUGUCUCUACGGUCUCGAUGCCGAUCUCAUCAUGCUGGGUCUUCUCAGCCACGACCCACAUUUCUGCUUGCUUCGUGAGGAGGUCCAAUUCGGCCCUCGUCGCAAGUCCAAGGGCAGCCUCGAAUCGCAGAACUUCUUCCUGCUCCACCUCUCCCUCUUCCGAGAGUACCUCGACCUCGAGUUCCAGGACCUUCGCUCCUCCCUUCCCUUCCCUUACGAGUUUGAACGCAUCAUCGAUGAUUUCAUCCUACUCAACAUCUUUGUCGGAAACGAUUUCCUUCCCCACUUGCCUGGUCUUCACAUCAACGAAGGCGCCAUGGAUCUCCUCUUCAAUAUCUACAAGCAGAUCCUGCCCGUCGCCGGUGGUUACCUCAACGAGAGCGGUACACUGCGUACUGAUCGCCUCGAGCUCGUUCUCUCCGAGCUUUGCAACUUCGAGAUGGAGCAGUUCGAACGCGACUACGGCGACACCGCCACUCACAAGGCCAAAGUCUCCAAGAAGAAGAAGGCCAUCACCCAGACCAAAGCCAAGGGAGGCCUCGUCCUCACCAAAGCGCAGCGUGAACUCUUCGACAAGGUACACGCUUUCGUCAUGGCUCGCAGGCACGACCCUGCGGGAGCUCCCAACGAGCUUCUGGUGCCCGCCGACCUUCCCAACAAGGACAAACGCUUCCUGGAAGACCUCGCUUCCAGCUUGAAGCUGCGCGCUUCCUUCAACAAGGUGGAUCCCACUACUCAGCUCCCCGCCAUCACUCUGUCCUUCCCUGCCAUCGCUGCCGAAGACGACGACAGCGACGACGGCCCUUCCGACGAGGAUGGCGACGACUCAGACGAAGAGUCGGACGAAGAUGCCAUCCGCAAUGCGACCGGCGGGAACAAGGCGAAUGCUCCCAAGUCGGAGUCCGACGUUGCUGUCGACCGCGUCCUGAGCCGCUAUCUCAAGGCCAAAGUCGACGCCGCCAGCGACGACGAGGGCGAUCCGGAGAAAGACUACAAGAAGCGCCUCGAAGCCCAGAUGAACGCUUGGAAGAAGGACUACUACAAGGAAAAGCUCGAGAUCGAUUACAAUAGCGAGGAGGACAUGUCCAAGCUCGCUUUCCGCUACAUCGAGGGUCUCCAAUGGGUGCUCCACUACUACUACGACGGAGUUGCUUCGUGGGGCUGGUUCUACGACUACCACUAUGCUCCCAAGAUCUCCGACCUCAAGAACGCUGGUCAGAUGAAGUUCGACUACGAGCUCGGCAAGCCUUUCCGUCCUUUCGACCAGCUCAUGGGUGUCCUUCCCGCCCUCAGCAACUCGCACAUCCCGACUGCCUUCCGCGACUUGAUGACCGACCCCAACUCACCCAUCAUUGACUUCUACCCGCAGAACUUCGAAGCCGAUCUCAACGGCAAGAAGCAGGACUGGGAAGCUGUUGUCAAGAUUCCCUUCAUCGACGAGAAGCGCUUGCUGGAGGCCCUCGACAAGCGCGAAGUCUACCUCGGCAUCGAAGAGCGCAAGCGCAAUGGCUUCGGCCAUAGCCGCGAGUUCACCUACAAUGAGAACGAUGAGACGUUCUUCCCCUCAAGUCUCCCUGGCACCUUUCCCGAUCUCGUCCACUGCCAAGCCACCGCAAAGAACUUUGCCUUGCCCACUCUCGAUGGCCUCCACCUCGUCAAGGGCCUCACUAAGGGUGUCGAGCUCGGCGUCCGCGCCCUGGCUGGCUUCCCCUCUCUCAAGACGCUUCCUCACUACGGUCGCCUCGGCCACCAUGGCGUCAACAUCUUCCAGUCCGAGUCCAAAGGUGUCAGCAUGGUCGUCACCAUCGAGAAUGCCUACGAGGAUGCCAAGACCGAGGCCAUCGCAGAAGCCAUGAUCGGCAGCCGUGCUUUCCUCAACUGGCCUUUCCUCACUGAGGGUCUCGUUGUUGCUGUCUCGGACAACCUCUUCCGCUACGAGAUGGGCAUGGUCGGUGGUCACCAGAAGAUCAUCUCCCACGCGCACCAAGGCGCCAGCCUGUCCGAUUUCCACCGCAAGGCAGAGCGUGCCGAGUACCACUACAGCAAGCGAAUGGGCGUGCUCAUCGGUGACGUUGACGUACUCGUUCAUAUCCGCCCGCUGAAGGGUCUCAAGCGCCUCGACGAUGGUGCCUUCAUCAAGGACUACCAAGAGGACGCCAAGAAGGAGAUCGACCAGGCAGUGCAGGUAACCGUGACCAACGUCGUCCACGAUGACGCCCGCUUCCUCGAGUCGCCUGCCAAGCCCAUCCGCGACGAGUACCCGGACAAGACCAAGGUCUUCUUCCUCGGCGCCAACGCUUACGGCACGCCAGCCCACGUCGUUGGCAGCACCGACGCCUCGCUCGCUAUCGAGGUCGCCUUCUUCCCAAACCAGGCCAAGGAGAACGCCUAUCUGCGCGACCUUGUCAGCAAGCGCGCUCGCCUCAAUUACUACCCAUCGUAUCAGGUGGCCAAGAAGUGUGGCAUCACCGGUCUCGCUCUUGCCAAACUUACCUCGAGCAUGAUGCUCUCCUGGAAGGACCAAAAGGUCAACGUGGGUCUUCGGCUCAAGUUUGAGGCCAAGGGCGAGAAGGUCCUCGGCUACUCGCGCAAGUCGGCUGCCGGCUGGGAGUUCUCCGAAAAGACGCUCGAGCUGGUCAAGGACUACGUACAGACGUUCCCUGAGAUCGCACAGAUGCUCAGCCACAAGUCUGGAGUUGACAUCACCCGUGCUUCGCAAAUUUGGGACGAGUCGGUGGUCGACGCUAAGAUGGCCCAGCUCAAGGAGUGGACGAAGUCCAAGGGCAUCCGCGACCUCGAGACCGUGCCGCUCUACGCCGAGCAACUCUCCAAGGAGACUGUGCAGAACAUCGAAGCGUUCACCUCCCGCCUCGUAGACACACGCACCGCGAUCGGUGCUGCCAGUCAGGUUAAGCGCGUCUUCAUCAAGGGCAUCCCUCGUACUGCCCUUCUCAAGCCCGGUCACGCCCCCUUCCGCCUGCAGGCACAGAGGUUUGAGCUCGGCGACCGCGUCAUCAUGGUGCAGGACAGUGGUAACGUUCCCCUGUCGGCACGUGGUGUGGUUGUCGGCAUCAACAGCGACUCGCUCGAGGUCGUCUUUGACGUGCCCUUCUUGAGCGGCUCCACGCUGGGUGACCGAUGUGCCCCUUACAAGGGUGCUACCGUGUCCUUCGUCAGCGUACUCAACCUGACCCAGCCUCAGUUCGUCUGCGCUGGAACCAGCGGUGUCGGCGACACCAGCGCCUCGGUUGGCAGCGCUCUCGAGAGGACGCUCGGCCCCAUCGGUGGCACAGGCUCUGCGCAGAGCAACGGCAACGGUGCUCACGGCUAUGGAGCUGGCAACGGCGCUUACCGUCCUCCCAACGCCUUCACCCCCAGCGCGGCCGUCCACAACGGCAACGGUACCAGCAGCACGCAGAUGCUGCAGCGCCCUCAACAGCGUCACGCCGCUGUAUCGCAGGAUGUCGCCUUCUCCGGCGUUGCCAGCGGGUCGCACAAGCCCACGCGAGCGGCUGCUUCGACGAACCAGGUGGAAGAGAUCAACCCCAUCAUGGCUGCGCUCGGCAUCCGUCCUCCCACCAACGGCAAUGGCCAUGGUCCUGCUCGAGGCGCCGCACGCGGUGGGGCUCGACCUCCUCGUCCCCAACAGCCUUUCAACCAGCCGCAGGAGUCUAGCGCUCCCGCAGCUGGCGGCUUCAACGGGCCUCGCGGUCGCGGUGGUCGAGGCGGAGGACGUGGUCGUGGUGGCCCAGCCCCUCGUGGCGCUGUUCGUGGCGGCCGUGGCGGUGCUGCUGGGCAGUAA